AUCCCGCGGCUUGAAUGACGAAAUGAAAUAAAAUCCGAGCUCUAAGUGAAAACCACUGUGUGUCAGUGUUGUAGUGCAUUUUUGUAAUGGUGUGAGUGAGCGUCGCGUAUCGAUGAUGGCGAUGAAAAUUUUGGUAGUUUUGCUGACGGUCGUCGCCUGUCACUUCGCGGCCGCUGAAAGAGAUCAUGCGUCAGCACUGGCAGGGAAUACCGCUCGUUUAAGAUGCCGUAUAGAUGGCAAGUCGUGUGGCGAGAUGCACAGUAUAAAAUGGUACAAAGCCGAUACAAGGGUCUAUGUAUACUCUGCCUCUAAAGACGCAGCGAUCAACCGACCUGAAGGAGAUAUGAUGGACAGGAUGUCAAUCGCACACGAACCGAACGCGACGUACGCUGAGCUGGUGAUCACAAACGUACAGCCUGAUGAUGAAGGCGUCUAUCGCUGUGAGAUAACCUACCUACAAGUUGGGGAAGACUGCAAUACAGUACAAGUGACCGAUUUUCAUACAUACAUCAAACCUAAAUCAGUGGAAGUCAGAACCGGAGAUGGGUUGGUGUUAUCCGAAGGCGCUGUCUUCGGGCCUCUGUUGGAGAGGACGAAAGUUAACAUCACCUGCUUGGUUGUGGGUGGCAAGCCGCAGCCGAAGAUCACGUGGUACUUCAAUGGAAAGGAAAAAUUAGAUGCUCGAACGAUAACCGACCAAUCAUCAGUGCAACACGUUCUUCCCCUGACCGUCACACGAACAGAACUGGGAGGCCAGCUGACGUGCAAUGUAUCCUCUGCAGCGCUGGAUUCGCCGAUAUUGCGAAGAGUGAAACUUGAUGUCAAAGUUCCACCAAACAAGAUCGCCAUAACGGGUAUAAAGGAUCACGCAACACAAGGCACUUUGCUUACUCUGAUGUGCAAGGUGUCCGGAGCACGUCCGGCUGCGAGCAUCGAAUGGUUCAACGGCACGCAAAAGCUCACUCCAGAUAACCGUAACAUACAGCUUAAGGAAUUCGAAUCGAGCGACAAAACAUUUGAAACACAAUCGAACCUGACAUUCGAAGCGACGCGUUAUGAAAAUGGAAGAAAAUUCAUCUGCAAGGCUGUGAAUGACGUCAUGCUGGAGACAAAAGAUCAUCCAAUACACGCAACUCUCGAAUUGGAGAUUUGGUAUCCUCCAAUCGUCCACGUUGGUCCACCCAACAUCACAGUAGUUGAAGGACAGAAGAUUCUUCUUAAAAGCGAAUACGAAAGCAACCCAUCAUCACUAACGGAAGUUAUAUGGUUUCGCGACGGUAAGAAGGUGAACGUUAAUAAUUCGCACUACCAGGGCGGUACCAUCGACCAGCACUCGCUCAUCAUUCUCGACGCCAGUGGUGAUGACAUGGGAAAUUAUACCGUACUUCUAGCCAAUACGGUCGGAAACGGUACAACGAAUGAAACUAUCAGUGUCAAUGUUCUAUUUAAACCUCAAGUCCGCCUUAUCAUGAGCUCACCAAGCCCCAUCUUGGAAACGGAUCACAAAAACGUGACACUCACGUGUGAGGUUGUGACUGGAAACCCUUCAAUCCUAGAUGAAGUCAUCUGGUAUCUGGACGGCGAAGUGCUGAAACAUCUGCCAGAGUGUAAUGGAACUGACGACGCUCUUUGCAAUGAAGUGGAUCCAUCAAUGCUACUCCUCCAGGACACCACCAAGAGUUUCCACGGGAACUACUCGUGCAAGGGAAAGAACUACGCUGGAUGGGGCAACGAGAGUGAGAAGACGGAGCUAAUUGUUAAUUAUCCUCCCGGACCAGCAAAAUUGACAUACUCUCCAUGGCGAGUCAUCAAGGGGAAGUCCCUCGUGCUCAGCUGCAGUAUACAAGAAAAGGGACGACCGGAAACACACAGGUUCCGCUGGCUUCGCGGCAGUCGUGCUAUCAGUGACAUUGUAUCUCAGAACUGGACCAUCGACCCAGUCACUCUCGACCACCGUACCAACUUCUCCUGUAGAGGAAUCAACUCGGGCGGAGACGGACCGCAGGCAAUAGUCAAUAUCGAUGUCUUAGCACCACCAAGUUUCAAAUACGCGAUGAAUCACUAUAGCGGAGCCUUGUAUAAAUCUCAGAAUAUAUCUCUGUCGUGUACAGUGGAAUGUGCUCCACUAUGUACUGUGGAAUGGCUUAAAGACGGACAACGUAUAGAUCCAGAGAAAACAGACAAGUACUACGUCGUCGAAAGAAAAAUAGAACCUCAAGUCAAUAGAAAUGACUUUGAAGCUACAGAAUCUACUUUGCACUGGAACAUGUCGGCGUGGUCGGGCGGCGUGCUGUCGCGCGGCGACUCGGCGCGCUACGCGUGCCGCUCGUCGCGCAACGACGCCGGCCCGCCCGUCACCAGCACCACCAACUUCGCCGUCGAGUAUGAACCAGAGAACAUAACAGUUACGCCGAGCGUUGUGUCAGUCAUCGAAAACGAAAUACCUGCGAAAGUCGUCUGUUCAGCCAACGGCUUCCCGAUGCCGAGCUACUCGUGGCGGCGCGAGCGCGCGUCGAAGAGCGCGGCGCGCGCGCACAACGCGAGCGCGGCGCUGUCGGCGUCCAGCGCGCUGCUGCUGCCCGCGGCCGCGCGCGCGCACGCCGGCCGCUACGAGUGCGAGGCCUACAACCGCCACGGCGCCGUGCGCACCGCCGUGCUGCUGGACGUCAUGUUUAUACCGGAAUGUGGAAUAAAGCAAAUAGAGAUGGAUGGCGAUCAAGUGUUAGUGUGUACGGCGCACGCUAAUCCUUCAGAGGUGUCGUUCUCGUGGAAGUUGAAAAACGACAACGACAGUCUGUCUGACGAGAAGAUCUGGCAGAGCGGCCCGCAGAGCUUCUUGCGGCUGAGUGCUCGCGUGUCCGUGUACCGCACAUACUUGUGCGUGGCCAACAAUAGCGUCGGCGUGUCCCGGCCUUGCGAGCGGGACGUCAUGGGUACCAAAGUUUGGUGGCGUGAUCAACAGAAGUUGAUGUUGAUCGGUGGUAUAGCGCUCGCCGUUCUCGUGGUGACGGUCAUACUCUGUGUCCUCAUCAUAUGCAUCUGCCGCAGGAUGCGCGCUAAAUCCAAAUGCCCACCUACGAAUGGCGUAGAUAAUGCAGCAAACGGCAACCUAGGAACGGACAAUCCUGGUCUCUACGAGAACCUGCCGUUCCACGGUCUCCAGCAACCUCCUAAUAAACCUGUACAAGCAAUUCAACCCAGAGUUGUAGAAACUAACCAAAAAACAACGAAAGGGAUUGAAGCUUUACAAAAACAAUUGACAACGAAUCCAUCAUUUACCCCCCGGAUCGUAUGUCCACCAUUCGUACAAAAUUCGAUAAGUUAUCCAAUAACCCCUUCGAGUACACAAUAUCAGUAUGGAAUACCAGUACUAUCACCGAUACAGCAAAUGUAUCCCUUGCACCAGACAGUAUUACUCAAUCCAUACUUACCACCGAUGCCACCUUCGUAUUUAAAGCAGUUUCCAACAAUAGAAGAGGAAACGAUAGACCAAGAUAGAAAAAAAUUUAGCUCUUUGAACACUAGAAAUUUUAAAUCAAAACCUCCUAAGUUCCAGUCAAUGAGAAUUGUUAGAAAAAGAAAUAUAGAAAGAUUCUAUCCCAAUACAGAGUAUGGAGAAAAUUUCACUGAAAUCAACAAUAACAAAAAUACUUCAGAUUCAGACAAUGAUAAAAUAGAUUCUGAAGAUAAUAUUUACGAAAAUUUUCCUUCGCUCCUUAAAAUAAAUUCUAAUAUUAGUGGUGUAGAACAUUUUGAAAAUUUAACAGACUCAAUACAAGUUUGUGAGGAAAGUGUAAAUCAAAUUAGCGCUUCAACUUCAUCAUUAAAUAGACCAAUCCCAGCUCCAAGAACUAAACUGUCACCAUUAAAACCUCCAUCAAAAUCUGAUCAUGUUUAUGUUAAUUUAUCGAUGCCACUAAUCAAAACUGGGUAUACUAAAUCAUGCGACACAGUAGACGCACCUAUGAGGUCAUCGAAAUCCGAAGAAAAUGUGUCGAAACCGACAAUUCAAAGAAAUGAAAAUAAGUAUACUUUAAGCAUUCCAAAGAGAACGAUCAGUUUAAAAAAUAUAGCUGAUGACAAUUCAGACGAAGAACAAGUAAGAACAGAUAAAGAAAAGAGUCCAACAAAGCCCAAUAUAAUUGGAGCUACGCCAAAAAGAACCACACCAAUAAUGUUACCCUCUACGUCGUUGGUCAAGUCUGUCGUAAGUCAGUUAAAUGAGCAAGGGAUAAACCGAGCUAAACUACCAAAAAAACAAGUGAUAGUACCAAAUAAAACUUUACAAAUACCAAAAUUGUCAGAAAAACCGAUACCAAAAAGAACUUUAGUGCAACGUAGUAAUUCUGUACAAAUUAGUUUACCAAAUGAUAGUGAGAUCGUUCAGAAUACUAAUAUACUACAGCAGCAAUAUCUUCAGAAAAGAAAUCAUUUCACUAAUCUUAGUUCGAAAGGAAAAAAUAAGAAAAAUUUCCAAAUACCUUUACAAAAACAUCACAGCUUUUGCUAUUUUCAACCGAUAAGAGUAGAUAAAAGAAUUCCUGUAGACCAAGAGCGCUCCUACAACAACACGAUAGGUCCAAUGAUAUACCAGCCUCCCGAAACCCAGUACUACACGAAAACACUGAACAGAACUCGAGAAAAGCAUAGUCAGAAAUUAAAUCGAUUAAAAAAAUCCGAAAGUCUACGAGAAAAACUAUCAUGCGUAGGAGUAUACGAUAACUACGAGAAACCCAACUAUCCAGAACCGGAAUACAACGAUUCAGAAAGAAAAUCUUACUUGCAAUUACUUAAAGGGAAUUACAUAUCAAAUUCAACGAGAAACUUAGGUCCCGAACACAAUUACAACACAAACUUUAACACAGUGGGCACAAAAGAUGAACGGCCUAAACAUAAAAAAUUAGUUUACGCAGAUUUAGCUUUAGGUAAUCAUAAUUUAAAAUUUAAGAAUACAGUCAAUUCAAAUAGACAUUUAUACGAUACGUAUACUAUAGGUAACGUCGAUAAUCCUAAUAAAGAUACUAAUAGUAGUUAUAAAAGUAACGUACCCAGUAGCCAAAGAAAAAAUAGUCAACAGAGAAGCGACUAUGCGACUCUGAAGUUCAAUGAAAUCGACGUCUAAAGGGACGCUUUGCCAAGAGCGACACGUACAUUUUUUA